AACCGGGCGUACGCGCGACACAUGGCGGCGCUGGAGGCGCUGACGAGGCCCGACCUGCCGCAGCCCAGGGGAGCAAGGCGGUCAAAUGGUCGUCAUGGCGGUAGUGGCGUCGUCGGCACUGGCCGGCCUGCUUCAGUCGGCGCCGCCGGCGCUACCAACGCAGCCGCCGUCGGCGCCCCUGUCACCGUCCCCCGAGGUGUGUACUUGAUAGUUGACGACCCGACGGCGGCGCCGCUGCCGCUGGCGUUGUACGAUGCCGACUCCGACGAUAGCCUCGGCGGCCGCCGUCGCCGCUAUCGUGACGACCCUAGUAGCAGCAGCGACGACGGCGGCGGCGGCGACGAUGACGACGAUGAUGACGUCAUUUACAUCAGUGACGGCGGCGGCGGAGGUGGUAGCGUCAGCAGCAGCAGCAGCUCGUCAUCCAGUGAUGAGGACGGCGCGGGUGGCCGAGACGACGAAGAUGAAGAAGAGCUGCUGUUGUUAGAUAGCGAUGCCGAUGGACGUGGCCGUGUUGGUGGUCGGCGACGACCCCGCAGCGACCGCAGACGUCGCCGUCGGCUCCGUCGUGGUGGCGACGGCGGUGGCGAUGCCGGCGGCAGUGGCGGAGGCGGAGAGGCAGCCGGUGGUAGCGGCGGGGGUAGGCCUUUGAGACGCAGCAGCCGACGUGAGAGGAGUCAAAGCGAGGGGGUUGAGGGCGAGCAAGAGCAGGAAAGGAUCCGCCGCUCCGCUCGGCUGUGUGGACGCAAGCGCCGGUACGGCGCCGGCGACGGCGGCGACGACUCGUACGGCAGCAGCGACGACGACGACGUAUUAGCUGAGGAGGCGCGACAUCGUAAAGGCGACGAGGAGUACAGCGGCUCUUCAGAUCUGGAGGAGGAGGCCCAGGACGACGACGAGUACGACAGUGACGCUGAGGCCGCCGCGCGUCAGCGACUGCAGCGGCAGCGACAGCGGGAACGCGAGCGCGAGCGACGGGCGGCGCUCCGGGCGCAGCGGGAGCUAAGGAAUGAACAGCGACGUCAGCAGCGGCGGGAAGCGCAGCUACGGCGGCAACAAAUGCAGCAGCAACAGCGGUUGGCGGCAGCAGCGGCGGCAGGUGAGGUCCCCGGUGAUGCAGCUGCGGGGGCUGCUGCUGCGGCGGCGGCGGCGAGAGCAGCAGUAACAGCAGCUCAUCGUGGCAUGCAGCAUGCGUAUGGUGGUGGUGGUGGUGCUGCUGCUGCUGCUGCUGCCGUAGCGCAGGAGGUUGAGCAGCAGGAGGAGCAGGAGGAUGAGGAGGACCUGGGACAGUUGCGUCAGGUGGCUCGGAAGAGGUCGCACGAGGCCGGGGGCUCCCGACCUAGGCCGCUGCAGUGCUAUAUGUGGCUGCAGUGCACCUCCUACCAGCCGGACUUCUACUGCCCUCAGCUCGGGGACGAGCUGGUGUAUGUGAGGGCGGCGCAUGAGGGGCUCCUGGAGUCCUCCUGCGACACCCGCACUGCUCGGCCCUGGCUGCUGCUGCCAGGCAUGCGGCCCUUCGAGCCGUGCAUGGUGACGGAGCUUGGGUUUGAGGUGCUGCGAGAUGGCACCCUGCGGACCGCGGCAAAUCUGAAGCUUCAACUGGGUCCAGCAAGCGGCGGCUCCCUCGCCGGUGUCUCCUUCUCCGUACAGUUGCCGCCGCCCGCCCCCGACCAACCCGAGUUCCUGGUUCCCCUGCCGAGGUUCCUUCGGGCGGUGGGCAAGGGCUGGCGCAUUGGGGAGAGAUGCCAGGUCUAUUGGUUGUCUGGAAACGGAGGUACGACAGAUACUGCUGUAGCUGCUGCUGAUGCUGGCGGUGGCAGCGGCAGUGGUAGCGGAGGCGUAGGAGAGGGUCGUUGGUGCGGCGGAGUGGUGGUUGGAGACCGGCUAUACCCCACCCUGACGGCGGCGCAGUGGCAAGGGGUGCCUCCGCCGGUGAAACAGCCCUACCAGUGCGAGGAGCUCUGGGAGCGGUACACGGUGCAGUGGGAUGACGGAGAUGAGACCUGUAGCGUCAGUCCCUGGGACAUGCUGCCGGCUACCUCCUCAUGGGAGGACGUCGUACGCUACUCCCGCGCCACCGCUGCCGCCAAGGCGGACGAGAUCGUCGCCUCCGCCGCUGCUGCUGACAGCGCUGCUGACGUCACCGCUGGGCCCUCGGCGUCCUCCUCAGCUGUGACGGCCACACCCACGGCGGCGGAACUGGGUUUGGAGUUGGGUGGCGGAUGGGCGGAGGAGCAGGCGACGGCGGCUCGACGUGCGCUGGAGCGGCUGCUUGCGAAUGAACGGUUGUUCGGGCUGUUCUUCCAGUGCCCGCCUCCUACGGCGACCUUCCCCUGCUCCGACGGAGACCGCCGGCCGGUGCCGUACAACGUGAUGGUUCCGCUGCCUCUUGGACUGGACGUGGUUCAGAAGCGGCUGCAGGACUCAUUCUACCGCUCCUUGGCAGCAGUCAGGCACGACGUGGACACCAUCGUCAGCAACGCAGAGCGCUUCAACGGCGCUGACUCCCUCGUCGCUCAGCGCGCUCGGGAGAUGCGGUUACACUUCACCGCCGCCCUCACGGGACGUUCCGUCGACGACAUGGUCCUCUUCGGAUCCGACGUUGUCGUACACCGACGGCGGCGGCGGCAUCAGCUGGGGGGUACGGCAGGACAGGCAGUGGCGGCGGCGGUGCUCGUACGGCGAGCGCGGGUGGACCUCUCCCGAUUGUGGGCGCAUGUGGCCUUGGAUGUCGAUCCCGAGACUGUGAACCCGGCGGCAGCGGAGGAAGUUCUGUACGACAUGCAAGAUCACGGCGGCAGAUCCGCCGCCGCCGCCGUACGAGCUGGAGCUGUACGUGGCGGGGUGGAUGCCGCCGGCGGCUUCACGGGCCCGCGGAGAAGAGGCGGUUUGUACUCGGUUCACCCGUCAGAGGAGGGAGGAGAAGGCGACUAUGGUGCUGGGAUGGCGGCGGCGGCGACGACGGCAGCUGAGGGGCUGUCGGGAGGGCUGCAGCGGGGCCCUGCGGUGUUGGAGGCGCCGGCCGGACAGUGGCUGGGCUCGCCAAGGGGGUUGCCUUUGUCAGCUGGUUUGUACGGCGGUGAAAGCGGUGGUGAGGGGGCGGCGGCGGCGGCAGCAGCGGCAGCGGCAGCUUAUUUGCUUGGCCAGGAGCAGGAUCGGCGGUUGCAACACCGGCCAUCACAGCAAACUCGGGAGCUGCGCCGAUUGCAACAGCAACAGACGCAUUUCCAUUCGCUCCAAGGCGGCGAGGAGGUAAAAGUGGAGAACCUGGAAGAGGGAGAGGGCCGGCGGCCGAGGCGCAACCGCAGCGGCGGCCGAAGACGCGGCGUCGCUGCCUUGUACGGCAGUGACGAUGACGACGACGACGGCGGCCAUGACGUGGCAGCGGCUCUAGGGGACGAUAGCUCGGACGAUUUCGGAAAGCUGGGGCUAGGUGACGACGACGAUGAUGAAAGCUACACGGACAGUGAGGACGAGCGGGGGCGGCGGCGGGGGCAGCGGCGGCGGCCGAACAGUCAACGCUCGCUGCAGUCACCGGCAGCACAACGCCGCCGGCAGCGGCAGCAGCAGCAGCCGGUACGAAGGUCUUCGAGGGCCCGACAACGCACGCGUUUUGGAAGCGACUGGGAGGAUGAUGAGGAAGCCCAGGAGGGGGACUCAGAGAGCGACGACGGUGGCAACGGUGGCGGCGGCGGUGGGGGUAGUCGCCGACGCAGCGCCCGUUGCCUUCAGAGGUCUGCUGCCGCCACUGGUGCGACGGGAGCAACGGAGACGGUUGAGGCUGCCCGUCAUGGCAGCGAGAGGCUACCGCCAACUUUCAUGCCGCCGCCGCCAGCGCUGCUGUCGAUGCCGCCUUUUGCCGCUGGUCAAGGUACAGCAGCCACACAGCAUCCGAUGCAGAUGCUCGCUUCGUUCCCGUCGGCAUCCGCUCUUCCUGCGGCGCCUCACGCCGGUGUUCCGGUGUCCGGCGGAGGAGCCGACGCCGGAGGAGCCGGGGUGGGCGGCAACACCGGCCGCAUUCGCAUCCGGCUGCGGAACCAGAAGGACCCGCCAGGACCUCCGCCGCUGCAAGCACGUCCUUCUGCCGUCAUGCACAGCGCAAGUGCCGUAUACGCACCAGCUGAUGCCGUACAAGGACUUUAUCAUCAACUGCCGUACGGGCAACAAGCAGAAUUGCCGGCCUCCCGCACGCAGACGCGCGCUGCAGCGGCGGCGGCGGCAGCGGCGCCGUCGCCUCCAGGCGGCGGCCGUAGCCGACGAGCGGCGGCAGUCGCAGCUGAGAAAGUCUUUGCCGCCGCUGCGGCGGCGGCGGCCGGGUCUGACGACGACGACCAAGACGAAGACACGCCGCCGCCGGCGGCGGCGCCGUCACGUAGGCUGCCCCUUACGCACGGUGUUGGCGGCGGACAUGCGUACGACAACAUACCCGACGUCGCCUCCGCUGGACCAUUCGCUCUGCAGCAGCAUGCGUUUAACUGGAGUGACCCACUGCAACAAGCUGUGCUUCCAUCAGCAGCUGCAGCUACAUCCGCAACCGCAGCCUACCAUGCCGAGGCGCCGGCGCUAGCGCUAGCGCCGGCGCCGCCACUCACCCAAGGAUGGCAUUCACAUGCAGCCUUCCCUGCGCCUUACCCACCGCCGCAUGGGCAUGAGGGUCCACCAUUCACAGCUGCUGGCGACAUGCUAGCCUCCAUAACGGCGGCAGCGCACGGCGAUUCCUCAUUUGUGGCCGCCGCUGACGCCAUGCAGGUGUCGUACGACACCGUGCCGCCGUUCCAGCAGCUAGCACCGCCGUUGCUACUGCCGCCGCACGAUCCGGCGGCGGCUGCGAUGCUGCCGUACAACCAGUGGCCUGCACAGAUGCCGUACGCGCAAUGGGGAUACCCCGGGCCUCAGUAGGGCGCGGCUAGGUCUGGUCAGGCGUCCUUUGGUGCGCAAGGCGCCAAAUAUGAUUGAAAUCAGGAUGCGAGUAGAUAGCACAUACUUGGUGGGGCAUAUUAUGUGGGCGGGGCAUUUCGUAUAACGCGUGCAUAGAACUUGUGCACGUGGGUCCUACACUGCAGCAACGGCUAUUAGGCAUGACUUGGACGUUUAGGAAGCAAACACGGUGGCCCAAACGGACGAGGAAGAGUGAUUGGUGGUUUAAUUAGCACGUCAGCGGACUGAAAGUACUUUCGUCCUGUCCAAUUCAGACUAUGGCUGAUUUUUCUGGUGCUGGUUUGGCAGCAUCUGUGCGUCGCGGGACCCUGCCCACCCUGGUUGCCGGCCCCCGUUGCAGGUGCUGGGUUGGCAGUGGCUGUAUGUCGGAUUUUAGGGAGCUGGUUUGGCGGCACGUCUGAUUUGUCUCUCUGGGACCUAGUCGCCUGUCCCUGUCUCUGAAGGACACAGCUCCCUGCCUUCCCUGCCUUGUACACGGCUUGCCCCCUGGGGUCGACGCCCUGUUAGG